AGAAGAGUCUGCUGUCUGUUAGAGCUGGAGAGGCUGCAGGCUGCGCGUACAUGGAGUAACUGGAUGUAACAUGAAGUCUGAACGAGGUUUCUGACACUUUCAGGGAGGUAAGAUCAUCUUUUCUUCAUAAUGAAAGAGUUUAAAAUAACGAUAACAAAGACUGUUAUAAACUCAGAGUAAAUGUGACUGUGACAGAGUUUAAUCUGAGGUUUUGGGGGAUCAGCUCUACAAAACAGACCUGAUUUUGAAGCCGCAUGAAGAAGUCUGCUGCUUUUCAAACUCAUUUCUGUGGUUUUACAGAAAGUAGACCGUUUCAUCUGGAGGCUUUAUCUGAUCUCCACUCUUAAUUUGAUUUCCUCCCUCUGGAGUUGAUGGGACAUAAUCAACAUAAUCAGCAGACUCACUCUCAUACUCAGUGCUGCACAGAGACUGAAGGAAACUGAAGAUAGAGUGUUUUAGGAGGUGAAAGGAUGACUGAAAUGAACACAUGAGAAAUCAUUGACUGUAUAUAAUUAUGGAUGACAUGCCUCCAUCUCUUUGUGGUUCAAGUGACGCCAAAAGACAGCUGACUUCUUGUGCUGCCAAUCGGCUAAAGGGUUAUUUCCCUAAAUUUGGUUGUCCGUAUGUCGGCUGUUUAAAGCUCCGAUAAGGAGUUUUCAGCUGGUUACCAAAAACCAUAAACUUAUUAACGUUUGUGUUCCUCGGAUGUCUGCUUUUGAAUCCAUCAGAGUCAGAGGAGGACGCAGCCAUGGCAGAUAAGAAGCCAAGAACCUCGGACACGCGUCCCAAGUGUGGCCUCCGCAGCUGGAGCGCAGACAGCUACGUGUGGCGAGGGAAGAAACGCUCCCGGAGCUCUUGCAACGGGUCGAGUCCCGGAGGAUCAGAAGCGGAGGGGGUGGAGGAGCUGGGUGUGCGGUCAGGAUCCUGUCCGAGGAGACGCAGAGAGAGGAAGUGCAGCUGCAGCGCUCUGGGGGACGCGCUGACAUCUGGAGACAUUGACGUGGUUUGUCGGAAGGCUUUGUCCCGCCGCUCCCUGAGGCAGAAGUUUCAGGAUGCUGUGGGUCAGUGUUUACCUCUGCGCUCUCAUCAUCAUCACCACCACCAUCAUCUUCAUCAUUCAUCAGGCUCCUCCAGACCCUUCUCUGUGCUCUUCUGGUCCAAACGCAAGAUCCACGUCUCCGAGCUCAUGCAGGAUAAAUGUCCUUUCUCUCCCAAAUCUGAACUGGCUCGAUGUUGGCACCUUAUCAAAAACAACGUCAAUCAUUCAAACUCCCUCAAGGACAUGGAGACUCCCCUCAGACCCAACGUCUCCACUUCCUCCUCCUCCCCUCCCCAGACCCCCCUCUCCUGGGAGGACAUCUGCUGCUCUCCUGGACCUGGAAGCACCAGUCUGGAGGACUGGAACCCGUCUUGUCCUCACGGUGGAGCGGAGGGCAGCUGUGGCCACACUGACUAUAUCCUGGUCCCGGAUCUCCUGCAGAUCAACAACAGCUCCUGCUACUGGGGUGUGUUGAACCGGUUCGAGGCGGAGGAGCUCCUGGAGGGCAAACCAGAGGGGACGUUCCUGCUCAGGGACUCGGCCCAGGAUGAGUUCCUCUUUUCGGUUAGCUUCCGGCGCUACAGCCGCUCCCUGCACGCUCGAAUCGAGCAGAAUGACAAGCGUUUCAGCUUUGACGUUCGUGACCCGUGCAUGUACCGAGACCCCAGUGUGACAGGACUUCUGAGGCACUACAGUGAUCCGGCCACCUGCCUCUUCUUUGAGCCCCUCCUCUCCAGGCCUCUACCAAGGACCUUCCCUUUCACCCUCCAGCACCUGUCCAGGGCUGUGAUCUGUAGCUGCACCACCUACCAGGGCAUAGACUGUCUGCCGCUGCCCCCUCAGCUCAGGGACUUCCUCCGGCAGUACCACAUAAAGUGUGACGGCGCCUGCGCUGUCUGA